AUGUCUUCCCAGAUUGAUAUAGUGGCUAUCAUUACCCCCGAAGCCGGGGAAGGCGGAUCGGGUAUGUUUCCAUCACCCACCAACUUUCUUAUUGUUGAAUUGCUUUCAGAAGUCUCGCAAUAUGUCAAGGCGAAAGAACCUGGGACGCUGAAAUAUCAGAUUACGAGGGCGAAGGAUGAGGUUAUUAUGAUUGAGAGCUACAAAGAUAAAGCAGCACUAGGUGCUCAUAGCUCGUCAGAGACAUUUCAGGCGUUCCAGAAGAAGUUGCAGGGUGAAGAUUUGGUUGGUGCACCGAUGCAGCUGAAAUUUCUGAAAGACGCUGGAGGCUUUUCUUCUCGCUUGUAG